AUGGACGCAGGCGGUCUUGCUCAGAUGUCUUACAACAACUUCCCUUCCAGUAAUGGCUUGGGUAUGCCAGUUACUGGUUUCGCUGCUAGAAGAGCUGCUAAUGGUUCCAACAUCAAACGUCUUUCAUUUGAACCCACUGCCAAGACCCUCGAUUCCCAAGAUAAUGGUGCACCAACCCCAAGAACAUCUCGUUCUCACUUACUUGCAGGUUUAAGAACUGCACCAAAGUCUGCCACUUCUGCAAACUUCCCAUCAACUGCCCCACCCACCCAAGUUCAACACAACACCGGCAACAGUGGAAUGAACUCGAGCAGAUACGCUGAUAAUGGACCAAAGACUUCAGGAUAUGCUCCAUUCAAUCAACAAAACCAUCAAAUGAACCAACAGAUGUACUCUGUUCCCGAACAAGUUCUUUCGACUCCUGAGAUUCGACUUGAUGAUGGACAUGAUGGAAUGGAUCCAAACUUGUAUGCUCAGCUUGUCGCCACCAAUCUGUAUCUCGCAGAACAACAACAACGUCUUCAGCAACAAUUGAUGAACGUUCAAGCUGCCGCUCAACAAAUGAGUUUGAAUGGACAAUACGCAACUCCACCAAUCACCCCACAAAACAUGGGAAUGUAUCAACAACAACAACAAAUGAAGCAAAACAUGCAACCAAUCAUCACACCUGUUCCCGGUGCUCAACCUGGUGUUUACUCGUAUUACAACCCCAUGACUGGACAACAAACCUAUUUCAUGGACAACAGUCAACAAUACGUCGAGUCACCCAUUGAACAAAGAGUUAGCUAUUCUCCACCACAACAACCUGGUACACCAAGAUUCCAAGUCUCCCCACCACCACAAUCGGAUGCACCAUCUUUCACAAGAUCUAUCAGUCCACCAAAGAAAUCUGCAUCGCCACCACAAGACCAUGCUCCUUUGCCUCCACCAUCUGCUGGUGCUUUCCGUAGAGGACAUCGUAGCUCAAAGUCUAUGGCUAUGUCUAUGUCUGGUGAGAUUUCUUUGGAUGGUCCAAAAACUGCUGGAUUACCAAAAUCUACUUUCCCAGGUACUCCAACCCAAACUGGAUUUGGUCCAGGUGCAGGACGUGCUGGUGAACAUCCAGUCAGACAACCACGUGGACCACCACCUAUUGAAGAAUUGAAAUCUAAGCCAACUGCCAAGUUUGAGGGUUCCAAGAACUUUGCUACUCGAACUCGUCGAAGUGCUGUUCACAACCUUGUUCGUGCUGGGUUGGAACGCCGAAGAGCACCGGGUAGUGCUUCAGGUAGCAUGUCACCUGUAUCUGAAGAUGGUGAGAUGUCAUUCUCAGCUGAUGACAAUGAUUCGGAUUCUGGCCGUAGUGGAAGUGGAAGUCUUUCAGGUCGUCCAAGUCCACCAAGUUCUCGUACAUCUCAACAUGGUGCCAUUGGUUCUAACCGCCCUACUUCAAGACAAAACUCUCUUGAAAUCAAGUCAGUCAUGUCUGUUGAAUCAUUCACUGCUGAGAGUGUUUCUGGUGAUGAACAAAUUGGUGGUAGCUUCGCUGCUGUCUUCAAGAAUGCUGGAAAGAAGCCUGAAGUAGCUGCUAUUCAAAAGAAAGCACCAAUGCUUGUUCUCACUAGCGCUGAGAAACGCAAAAGCUCCAUCUUUUAA